AUGCGGGAGUGGUGUGGUCUGUGUGCCGUCUGCGUGGCAUAUAAGAGUCCCGCAGGCGCACGCCCACGCGCGCACCCCCGCCGCGCGGCCCGCCCCGAGCCCCGCACGCGCGUCCCCACCCCGGGCGGCCGCCGCGGGCCGGUGGCGUCGGGCCGCGCGCCCAUUGGGCGCCCGCACGCGCCGGGCCGCGCCCCCAUUGGCUGCGCCACACGCGACCGGCGCGCGGAGGCGGGGGCGCGGCCCGGCGGGGGCGGGGGCGCGGGGGCGGCGGCGCGUGCCGGCCUUAAAGGGGCGCGGGCGGCGGCCCCGGGCGCCGGCGGAGCACGCGCCCGGGACGGCGACCGGGACGGGGACCGGGACGGGGACGCCGCCGCCGCGAUGUCGCGCCCGCCGCCGCCGCCCCUGGCGCUGCUGGACGGCGGCGACCCCCGCGCCUGGCUGCCCGCGCUGCACGGCCUGUGCCCGGCGCGCGCCGCCCGCGCCCAGCCCGGAGAGCCGCCCGGCGGCGGCCCCGCGGCCCGGGGCGGCCCCGACGCGCGCGGGACCCCGGGCCGGGGCGGCGCGCCGGGCCGGGCGCGCGAGCCGGCGUGUGCGGCGCGCCGGGCGGCGGCGGCGGGCGCGGGGCUGCCGGGGGCCGCGGGGGUCCCGGCGGCGGCGCCGGCGAGCGGGGUGCAGAAGCAGCGGCGGCUGGCGGCCAACGCGCGCGAGCGGCGCCGCAUGCACGGGCUCAACCACGCCUUCGACCAGCUGCGCAACGUCAUCCCGUCCUUCAACAACGACAAGAAGCUCUCCAAGUACGAGACGCUGCAGAUGGCGCAGAUCUACAUCAACGCGCUGUCCGAGCUGCUGCAGGCGCCCGCCGGGGACCCCGCGCCGCCGGGCCCCGCGCUGCUGCCGCCGCCGCCCCCGGGCUGCGACCCCCGCGCGCCGCGCGCCCCGCGCGCCCCGGGCCCCGCGCGCGCCCCGGCCGCGAGCGGCGGCGGCGUUGGCGGCUACGCGGGCCCCCUGGGCGCGCUGCACCUGGCGGCGGCCUUCGAGGGCGGCGCGCUGGCGGCCGUGGUGGCGCAGAAGGGCCUGGCGGGCCCCGACGACCCCAGCAAGACGUCCCCGCGCUCGCACCGCAGCGACGGCGAGUUCUCCCCGCGCUCCCACUACAGCGACUCGGACGAGGCCACCUAG